AUGAUCAAUGAACUAUGUCGAUUAACACAUUCAUCAAGUAAUAAAUCAGAUGAUGGUAAAAAUCUUACACCAACAUUACGAUUACUUAGUGUUGAAAAAUAUCGUGUUCAACUCAAUAUAGCAGGUUUCAAUCCAGAAACAAUUACAACAAAAGUUGAAGGUAGAAAAGUAAUUGUCGAAGCCAAACAAGAAGAUCGUCAACCUAAUGGUGAUUAUACUAUUCGAGAACUACGCAAAACUUAUGAACUACCUGAACAUGUUGAUACGAAACGUUUAGCUUCAUAUGUAACUCCAAAUAAUAUGCUUGUCAUUAAAGUACCUAUUUAUAAUCCAGAAACAGAACGUCGUGUUGCACAAGUAAAAAAUGAUAAUCAAAGUUUGACACAAUUUGGUCAAUAUCGUGAUCCUUUAUUUGAUUAUGUUGGAUUUUUGGUUGGUUCAGAUUUUCAAUCACGUAUUGUUGAUAAAGGUGAAUAUCAACAUAAAGAUAAGAAUCGUUCAGAACGAUCCUUUUUCUGUAAAUCAACAACAUUGCCACCUGGUACACAAAUAGAUCAAUUACAAUCACGAUUAACUGAUGAUGGACAAUUGAAAAUUGAAGCAUCUUAUGUUGAACAAAAGGAAGCUACAAAAUCAAUUGAAAAUCAGAAGAAAUAA